AUGGCUACACCAACAGACGUUUCAGUGCAUUGGGCAAUCUUGGUAGGAGUGAAUUUCUAUAGAAAUCACCGUUGUCUUGAAGGAGCCGUCCGGGAUGUCAGGCGCAUCAAAGAGUAUUUGGAGUCUGGGCAAAAUCCAGUCCGAGUGCGUACGCUCACAGCAGAUAGUCCCGGUGAAUCAGACAGAAAUAGCCCUGCUGGAGAUGAGUUAUCCUGGCCAACCAGUGAUAAUCUGAAGUUGAGCUUCAGAGAGGUCCUGGAUAACGCGAAGCCGGGAGAUUAUCUGUAUAUUCACUACUCAGGACACGGUGCAUUGACUCCCCCCACUAGACCGCCGAAUGGAAACGAGGAUACCGGUGACGUAGCACUGGUUUUAUUCGACAAUUUCUGUGGGAGUAGCUUAUUCAGAGGCUACCUAUUAGCUAAAUGGAUGAGCAAAUUCGUGGAUAACCAGAUAAAUGUGACUCUCGUCCUAGACUGCUGUUUUUCAGGGAGUGUAGUGCGAAACAGCUAUCCCCCUGAUUCUGGAAUUCGAUGCAUUGACACUACUCCUGAGCAAGCUGAAACCCAUAUAGGAACAAGGUCUGCCUGGCGUGAUACCUACGCAUUGCCGGAUUGGCUAAUCAACCCAGAUGGUUAUACGAUUCUCAGUGCCUGUGGCCCACAUGAAGUCGCUAAGGAACUCAGGCUUGGUGAUGAUAAAGACGGACGCAGGGAGAAAUACGGGGCAUUAUCCUUCUUCCUGAUCGAUGCCCUUACUACACUAAGGAAGCACGGCGUAGUGCCUUCCCAUUAUUCCCUCUACCAACAGCUAUGCGUUACAUUUCAUGCUGCCUGGCCUAGUCAACAUCCUAUGCGAUAUGGAGCGAAAAAUUUUGGUUUCUUCGAGAAACUGGGCUCGAAGGAACGGGGAUUCUAUUCAAUUUUACAGGAGAAUAACCGUUUGUGGCUGAUGGCAGGACGCGCCCAUGGUGUACAUCUGGGCGACGAGUACGCUUUGUACCCCCCUUACGUGCGAGAAGACAGCUUCAUGGAUACCUCACAAGCAUCGGCCAGAGCACGGAUAAGCGUCGUUCAUGGCCUUCGAUCAGAGCUUGAGGAACGGACCGGAUCGCCUUCCCAUUCCCACAAAGCGGAUACUGGAUGGAAGGCAAAGCCACUCCCGAGGAUGAUCUCCCGAAACGUAAAUGUUAAUGUGCAGGUAACAGCGGAUAUCCUUAAUGGCAACUCUAAAUGUGGGGCAAAAAACGAUCGGGGGGACCUGUUACAGCUCUCCGCAGAGGAGGACGAAAGCCAACCCUAUAUGUUUUAUGUCGCCAGAGACGAAGGCAAUUACCAAAUCCUAGGUUCCUCGUACCAAGUGGUUCUCGGCAUCCCCCCCGUGUCCUUUGAUAAUGAAAGGGCAAUAGAAAUCAUCAUGGGGUAUUUAGAACACCUCGCGGCAUUCAAAUAUUUUGAAGGAAUAGAAAACCAUAAUGUGAAUACAGCAUUUACCCAGUCCUUUUCUCUGGAUCUCCUUAACACAGCCAGUGAGAAUGUGUCAUCGCGAGCCCAAGUCAAACAUAAAGAUCAAUUGACCCUUAGGAUCAAUAACUUUAGCGACAUACCACUGUAUAUUGCGAUAUUUGCCAUGGGGCCCUCCUGGGAUAUACAAAAUCUCCUUCAACAGUCGGGAAUGGAGUAUAUUGUGGUCCAGCCGAAAGGUAGUAAAAAGAAAAGCUUUAUAGCGAGCGUGCCAUCAUAUUUUCAGGCCCAAGGCUGGUUAAACUGCGAGGAUAUAAUCAAAGUCUUUGUGACUGUUCAGCCCACUUCAUUUGAGCCGCAUAUCUUACGAAAAAUAUAUGAGACUGAGGAAAGCAUGAGGCUCCCUUCCUCUGGGCUUACAUCCUCAGACUUUCUAUCUUCACUUAUGCAAUUUAGGGAAUCUGACUUCGAUGACUGCUGGGUAACAAAAAAUUUUAUUAUACACACUGCUUCUAAAUGA